GGAGCAACGUAAUUCUCACAUUUGCUCAAAUGGGCACAGAAAGAGAUAAUUCAGUAUGCUUCAGUUUUGGUGUCAUAGCAGAUAUUCAGUAUGCUGAUGUGGAAGAUGGCUAUAACUUCAUGAAGACGAGGAAGCGAUAUUACAGGAACAGUAUAACACUACUUUCUGAGGCUGUAGAAGAAUGGAAUAAGGACUGCAUGCCACCCAGUUUCAUUCUUCAGCUUGGCGAUAUCAUUGAUGGAUUAAAUGCUCAGCACAAGGCUUCAAAAAAGGCACUUAAGAAUGUGAUGCAAGAAUUUAAAAAAUCCAAAGCUGAUAUCCAUCAUAUUUGGGGAAACCAUGAAUUCUACAACUUUAGCAGACAUUGUUUAAUGAGUUCUGCCCUAAACAGUCAACACCUGGGAAACAGUAUGACUCCUGCUUCAAGCAACAGAGUAAAUUCUAAUGUUGGAGAAGACAAACAAGAAACAUUUUAUUGUUAUGAUUUCUGUCCUUUUCCUAGCUUUCGGUUUGUGGUUAUAGACUGCUAUGACCUAAGCACUCUAGGAAGAGAAGACUGUAGUAAAAAGUAUCAGGAAUCUUUGAAGAUAAUCAGGAAAAUUAACAAGAAUGAAGACCUUAAUAAUCCAGAAGGUCUUGGAGCUGCUAAACAACGAUUUGUUCAGUUCAAUGGAGGGCUUAGCCAAGAUCAGCUUGAAUGGUUAGAUGAAGUGCUGUCCUACUCAGAUGAAAAUCAAGAAAAGGUUAUAGUAGUUGGUCAUAUUCCCGUACAUCCAUGUGCAGCUGAUACGAUAUGCCUUGUGUGGAACUUUGAUGAUGUUCUCGCAGUGCUGUACUCACAUAAAUGUGUGGUGAGCUUUAUGGCAGGACAUGACCACGAUGGUGGCUACUUUCAGGAUGAGCGUGGUAUACAUCACAUUACUUUUGAAGGAGUAAUUGAAACACCACCAACAAGCCACGCUUUUGGCACAGUCUUUGUCUAUAAAGAUAAAAUGAUUCUGAAAGGAAAUGGGAGAGUACCACACAGAGUAAUGCCCUAUCCAGAGUGUGAUAAUCAGUGAUAUUUUAAAGCAAUUUUUCUUUUACCUGGAUUCUCUCACUUGUGGCUCGGUGUUUUAAACAAGGGAUAAGGGUUUGCAUAGGUUUACACUUUGCACUGUGACAGUUGUUAUCAGUUGUAUUUUUUUUUCACAAAGACAGGUUAGUCAUUUUUUUGUCAAAUUCACUUUUUAUCACAUAGAUUUUGUUUAGCCGCAAAAACAAAAACUGGUAAAACAAAAUGUAAAAUAAUGUCUCAAUAUACAUUAGCUAGAGUGCCCAAUAGUAGAAACACUCAUACUGCUGUUAUCAGAGAAGAAGGUACUCAGUAACCUUGAAAAAGGCUGUGCACAUUUUAACUGAAUGUAUUUACAGACCAAAACAUAUGACAGCUACAUUUUCACAUAAGAAUUCAUAGUUGAAAACUCUUUACAAUAUUAAAAAAAAUGCUGACUAAA